AGAGAAGAUACGAAAGUAGUGGUUACAAAAGAGAAGGCUGCAGAAGAAGAAGAGGAAGUCAUGAAUAAACUGGAAAGCGGAAUCAUUGUUGUUGAAAAUGUUUCAUUCAAAGCAUUGCAAACGAGAGACAGAGCUUACAGUUGA